UCUCAAAUAUAUUGUACAUAAAAGCUUGUCAAGAAAUGAAAAAACAAAAAGCAAGAACAAAAUCGAAUUGGUGUAGCAAGAGAUGAUGAUAAGUGUAUCAACGUACUGCCAUACUUACACCGUUGUCCUCCUCAUGUUCAUCUCCCUCGUUUUAAUAUUGUUUCCUGCUUGCUCUGUCUCUGCCAACACUUUUUCUGCUACAGAAUCUCUCACCAUCUCAAGCAACAAAACCAUUCUAUCUCGCGGUGAAAUCUUCGAGCUUGGUUUCUUCAAUCCUCCAUCAAGCUCUCGUUGGUAUCUCGGGAUUUGGUACAAGAAAGUCUCUACAAGAACCUACGUAUGGGUUGCGAACAGAGACAACCCUCUCCAUAAUUCCAACGGGACUCUCAACAUCUCCGACAACAAUCUUAUCAUAUUCGACCAAUCCGACACACCUGUAUGGUCGACCAAUCUGACCGAUGGACAAGUAAGAUCGCCAGUGGUUGCAGAGCUUCUCGACAACGGUAAUUUUGUUCUCAGACACUUGAAUAAUAAUAACGAUCAAGAACCGUUCUUGUGGCAGAGUUUCGAUUUUCCAACAGAUACUUUACUACCGGAGAUGAAAUUGGGUUGGGAUCAUAAAACCGGACGCGACAGGUUUUUGAGAUCCUGGGAAACUCCAGAUGAUCCAUCCAGCGGCGAUUUCAUUACUAAACUGAAAACAAAAGGAUUCCCUGAGUUUUACGUAUGCAACAAAGAGUCCAUAAUAUACCGGAGCGGUCCGUGGAACGGUAUCCGGUUUAGCAGCUCACCUGAGACCAAACCACUUGACUACAUAGUUUACAAUUUCACUGCGACUAAUGAAGAAGUGACAUACUCAUACCGGAUUACCGAAACCAAUAUUUACGAGAGAUUAAGACUAAGCUCCCCGGGGUUACUUGAACGACUAACUUGGAUUGAGACAGCACAGAGUUGGAAACAGUUAUGGUACUCACCAAAAGAUCUAUGCGAUAACUAUAAAGAGUGUGGGAGUUACAGUUACUGCGACUCAAACACUUCACCGAUUUGUAAUUGUAUCAAAGGGUUUGGCCCUGGAAAUGAGAAAACUUGGACUUUGAGAGAUGAUUCAGCUGGUUGCGUUAGAAGGACAAGGUUGAGCUGUGACGGUACAGAUGGGUUUGUGCGGUUAAAGAAGAUGAAAUUGCCGGAUACCACGGCGACAACUGUGGACAGAGGAAUUGGGUUGAAAGAAUGUGAAGAGAGGUGUCUAAAAGACUGUAAUUGUACGGCGUUUGCUAAUACAGAUAUCCGUAAUGGCGGGUCAGGUUGUGUGAUUUGGAGGGGAGAGAUUUUUGAUAUCAAAAACUUUGCUAAGGGAGGUCAGGAUCUCUUUGUCAGACUGGCCGCUGCUGAUCUAGAGGACAAGAGAAUCAAAAACAGAAAUAUAAUACUAGGUUUGAGUAUUGGGUUGGGCAUUUUUCUUCUUCUAAGCUUUAUCAUUUUCCGCUUUUGGAAAAGGAAGCAGAAGAAAUCAAUAGCAAUUCCAAAGCCUAUUAUAACAAGGCAAGAUUCGAUAAUGAAUGAGGUGGUAAUAUCAAGCAAGGGACACACAUCAGGAGAUAUGAAAACAGAGGAUCUAGAGCUUCCAUUGAUGGAUUUUGAAGCUAUUGCCAUCGCAACAAACAAUUUUUCUAACACCAACAAGCUUGGACAAGGUGGUUUUGGCAUUGUUUACAAGGGAAUGUUACUUGACGGGAAAGAAAUUGCGGUAAAGAGACUAUCAAAAAUGUCUUUACAAGGGACAUAUGAGUUCAAGAAUGAGGUUAGACUAAUUGCAAGGCUGCAGCACAUAAACCUUGUCCGGCUUCUUGGUUGUUGCGUCGAUAAGGGAGAGAAGAUGUUGAUCUAUGAAUACCUGGAGAAUCUAAGCCUUGAUUCUCAUCUCUUUGACAAAAGACGACGCUCCAACUUAAAUUGGCAACUGAGAUUUGAUAUUGCAAAUGGUAUUGCAAGAGGACUAUUAUAUCUUCACCAAGAUUCACGUUUUAGGAUCAUCCAUAGAGACUUGAAAGCAAGUAACGUCUUGCUUGAUAAAAAUAUGAUUCCAAAGAUCUCGGACUUUGGGAUGGCAAGGAUCUUUAGACGGGAUGAGACAGAAGCUAAUACCCGGAAGGUGGUUGGAACUUAUGGCUACAUGUCUCCAGAAUAUGCAAUGAAUGGGAUAUUCUCGGUGAAGUCGGAUGUCUUUAGCUUCGGAGUCUUGCUUCUUGAGAUUAUAAGUGGGAAGAGGAGUACAGGAUUUUACAACUCAAGUGGUGACAUUAGUCUCCUCGGUUGUGUGUGGAGGAAUUGGAAGGAAGGAAAAGGGCUAGAUAUCAUAGAUCCAAUCAUAAUAGAUUCGUCAUCAUCAACGUUCAAGACACAUGAAAUCUUAAGAUGUAUACAUAUUGGUCUCUUGUGUGUUCAAGAACGUGCUGAAGACAGACCAGCGAUGUCGUCUGUCAUGGUGAUGCUUGGAAGCGAAAAUACGACUCUUCCUGAGCCUAACCAGCCAGCAUUUUGCGUUGGCAAAGGCUCUUUUGAGGCUCAGUUGAGUCAACUGGGUGACAAUGAGUGGACAGCGAACCAAAUCACUCUCUCGGUUAUUGAUGCUCGGUAAAUUUGAAAGUUAUUAAGCGGAUCUGUUUAUAUGCAUACUAGGAUUAGGAUGAGAUCCACAAUUUACACAAAGUGACAUUAUGUGAACAAUAUAUAAUGGAUAAUGUAUUGAAAAACAAACUUUAUAUUUGAUCGUUCAUAAUGUAUAUUCAAUUCCCUAUCAAAUCAGAUGA